CCUCGGUUGUUUCUCUGUGAACGUUGUGAAUUAUCUAUACGGACGAAGUAGAAGAUGUAGCUACGUUCUUGUCAGCGAACCAGCUUCGUCAUGAUCUGCGUCGCGCUCUCCUUUUCAAGCGGUUUUCGUGUUUCUGAAGGCGCUACCAGUCCAGGGAAGCGAAACCCCACCCUGUCCCUGACCUAGCACUAAUAUCUAAUAAUGGCUUUCACGUUGCGCAUCUGGCGGAGUCCAGGGAGCACAUAAGCAGAGGACAUUAGAGGUUCCGUGCACGAAGAUAAGAUCAAGAAGCCUGUUGGUAGUAGCGCCCGUUACAACGCUGGAAAAGAAGAACCGACCGACGAGUACAAUCGCGCAAAAAUCUCAGUUACAAGGAGGAACGCAAACGUUUUUCACAAAAUGGUGGGCAGUGUGCAUCGCGGCGGCGGUCGGAAUAAUGUGGCCGUUGUAAAAACUCAUAUCAAUAGUGGUAGUAAUACUAGUAGUAGCAAUGGGCUUGGACGUGUUAAUCUUAAUGACGCCGCCUCUUCAAGUAGCUCCUCGAGAUGGGCCGCAAGCUCGUCUGGAAGUCUUCAUAAAAACGGAAGCACGUCCUCAACGACGACGACAACAGGUAACACAAGUAAUAGUAUCAAGACGAGCGGCAAGUCACGUUUUUCCGACAUUGAAGAGCACCAACGAACGAGUAGUUAUAAGACGACGACAGCAUCUUCAAGUUCAACUUAUGAUCGAUUUCAUCGAGACGACAGGCAAACAAGUAGUGGCACUACCAACCAGAACCACGAAAACUAUCAUGAAGAAGGGUAUGAAAAAACAGGGUACGAUCGGCGUGGCGACCCAGUGAUAGAGAAAUCAGACGGCCCCGCAUCAUGGGAGAAGAAACACAAUUAUCAGCAUUCUCCUGGGAAACACAAUGGAGGUGAUCGUAGAGACCAAGGGAUAAGGAACCGCGAUGCGAGAGGCGGUAGCUCCUCGAGGAGAACAGAUCGUCAACAAAAGCCGGACAAUUAUGAUCGCGUCGAUGACGAAUCCAACGAGCCACCACAUCUUUCUCGAACUCGAAGCAAUGGCAGCCAUGAUGUGUAUCUCGGGCAAGGUCUCUCGAGCAAGGCAAUACAGAGUACGAGCAAGGCAAUGCAUAGUAGGCAAUCUAACCAUAUUGAGCAAGAGCAACGUCCUUCGACCUCUGCGUCUUCCACAACAGCGUCCAUCUAUGGCGGGCCGCGAGAAGACCGGCAUCAUGAUGCACGUAGACGACACCGUGACCGGCCGAGUGCAUCCAGUAGCGGUAGUUGUAGGACACCCCCUCAGGAGCUGCCACGAACGCGUAGUCGUUUCGACGAUGUCCAAACUGGUCCGCCCUCAGGACAGCAAAGCACCAGUGCGUCCCAACAUUGUAGAGGACAUAGUAGUUGUACCACGACAAACUGGCAAGCAGAUCAUGGCCCUCCGAAUAUGUCUCCGCCAUGUGGGAAUUCUGUUCCUGGGCGAAAUUAUCGUGACGAAGGAUCUUGUAGCGCAAACCGGAGCAGUCGCCGAGACGAUGUUGACCACGCUCACCCAAGCAACGCAAAUGGCCUAGGGAGACGAAUAGAGCAGGACUUGGAAGAAGAUUACAAAAAUAAUGUGCUUCACGUUUACCAUAGUGCGACUUCUUCGAGAGAUGUCGAAAGUGGUCGUCGUCGUCCUCAGCGGAACUAUAACUAUAACCAGGACCAGGAUGUUGAAGAUGAACAACAUCAACUUGAUUGCGGUGGUCAUCAUGGUCAAGCUUCCUACUAUGAUACGCGCGAUGAGCGUCGAGG